AUGCCUCCAAAGAAAGUCGAUGUGGCCAAGGAUGCACCGAUAGGUGAUUGGGCAGAGUUUCGUCAAGCUUUGUUCACAAUGCAUGAGGAGACUCAACGAACUAUUCAACAAUCAAUGCAUGAAUUGGGUGAAACGUUACUGCAACGUUUUCCAGCGAAUAAUCCUCUACUUGAAGGAGAUGGUGCAGAGGACAAUCGCAAUCCUUUUGCGAAUCGUCAGGUACGUGGUGAUAUCGACAACGACGAUAGGCGUGUUCAUCAUGCACCCCGUGUUGCUAACACAGAUUCAAAGUGGGAAUCUUCUUUCAAAGUCGAGAUCCCUGAAUUUCAUGGUGGUAGUCGUGGAGACGUACUGUUGGAUUGGAUGGUGUCGGUGGAAGAAGUAUUGGAGUUCAAACAAGUACCGGAGGAUCACAGGGUGCCUUUGGUGGCAAUACGGUUCAGAGGACACGCUGCCUCUUGGUGGAAACAAAUCAAAACCACUCGGACGCGUACGGGUCGUGCUCCAAUUCAGACCUGGGAAAAGUUAAAAAAGCACCUCCGCUCAACGUUCCUGCCACACAACUAUGAUCGGGCUGUCUACAACAAAUUGCAAAACCUAAAGCAGGGCAACCGUUCUGUCGAAGAGUAUGCAGAGGAGUUUUCUCUUUUGCUAAAAUGUACUGAUAUUUACGAUAGCGAAGAUCAACUGGUCUCACGAUUCAUCGGGGGACUGCGCCCUCAACUCCAAUCGUCCUUGGCGCAAUUUGAUCCUACUACGAUCGCUGAAGCACACAGACGCGCGGUGACAUUUGAACAACAGAGUCGAACUGGAUCCUCCAACUGGUCUUCCCAGUCUACCCGCGCCAAACCCACCGAGUCUUCAACGACAACAACCCAGCCAACCAAGGAUUCGGAUCCUGCAUCGGCGAACCAACGACCUUCCACUACGACGGAGGAUCCAAACCUACGCCGUUCGUCGCGUAUAUCAGCAAUUAAAUGCUUCUCGUGCGGCGAACAAGGUCAUCGUCAAGCGAACUACCCACAUCAACAGCGACGUAGUCUCCUUCUCGAAGGAAACAAAAAAGAUGAUGCGGCAGUAUACGACUCCUAUGACGAGGAGGACACUGAAGUUGAAGCAGUGUUGCCGCCACUGGACAACAAAGAACGCCUUCUGGUCGUUCGACGUUCUUGGAUGGUCCCACGACGACAGGACGAUAAAUGGUUGCGCACAAACAUCUUCCGCUCUACCUGUGUCAUCAAGGACCGCACGUGCACUUUUGUGAUCGACAUAGGGAGUUGUCGCAACAUGAUCGCACAGCACGCCGUCGACAAAUUGGGACUCACCAGCGAGCCACACCCGUCUCCCUACACACUGGGAUGGUUAGAUGAGAACGUCAAUCUGCGCGUCACUCAUCGUUGCUUGGUUCCUUUUGCCAUCGGAGAGCACUACCGUGACCGUACGUACUGUGAUAUAGUUCCGAUGGAUAUCAGCCACCUACUAUUGGGUCGCCCAUGGAAGUUUGAUCGGAAAAUCACUCAUGACGGCGCCAUGAACACGUACAGCUUCUAUUGUGAGAAUCAUCACAAUGUUCUCCUUCCAUCGAAGGAUGCGUCUUUGCCGGCCCCACCGUCUCCUCCUCAUCACGAGCUGUCUCCUCAUGGCAAAACACUCUUGUGUUCUUACGGUGCUUUCAUGACAGAGCUACGAACAGAGGGGUUUACUUUGGCAUUAAUACCGAUGUCUGCUGACACUACAUCACCACCGUUAGUCUCUCCUACACUUUCAGCGAUUCUCCAAGAGUUCGCAGACGUCUUUCCAUCGGAUCUCCCGACUGGUCUUCCCCCUCUGCGCGACAUCCAACAUCAGAUAGACCUGACUCCAGGCGCAGUGUUACCGAAUCGGCCCGACUAUCGCAUGAGCCCUCUCGAACACGAAGAGCUUCGCCGCCAGGUGGAGGAACUGUUACGAAAAGGGUACAUUCGCGAGUCUCUUAGCCCAUGUGCAGUGCCUGCUCUGCUGAUUCCCAAGAAAGAUGGGACGUGGCGCAUGUGCGUCGACAGUCGAGAUGUGAACAAAAUAACAGUCAGAUAUCGCUUCCCCAUCCCCAGGCUCGAUGACCUGCUCGAUCAGAUUGGCUCCGCGAAAGUCUUUUCGAAAAUUGAUUUAAAAAGCGGGUACCACCAAAUCAGAAUCCGACCAGGUGAUGAGUGGAAGACAGCCUUGAAAACUCGAGAAGGCCUAUUCGAAUGGUUAGUCAUGCCUUUCGGCCUCUCCAAUGCGCCAAGUACUUUUAUGCGCAUCAUGAAUCAGGCCCUCAGACCAUUCAUCGGCAAGUUUGUUGUGGUGUACUUCGACGACAUACUUAUCUUCAGUCCUUCCUUGGCUGAACAUGCAGUGCACCUGUGA